AUGGCAGACAUGUCUUACGAAGACACUCAACAUCUCCUUGAUUCUAUUGCCAGCACGAACUUCGACCAGCGUCUUAAUGACCACAUGGAUGGUACUGAGGAAGUUGACGAAGAUACCAAGGUUGAUAUGUUCACGAGUCUCAACAAUUCCGCCUUCCAGAACCCUCAGGCCCAAUAUGGAAUCGACGACGAAGCUCUCCUAACAUCUAAUCCUUUUGAAAAGGAGUUCAUGGAGGCAUACCAGGCAGAAAAUGCUCGGACUCAGACUUCUUCAGGGUCCGAUGCACAGUUGAGUGGGCCUAACAAUAAUGGCAGUACUAUCGCCGACGAUGAUAGUCAAGUUCCUGUCUCUUCUGCUGUCACACCUGCGACUCAGUUCUCUUCACCUAUGAAUCCUGAGGACUACUUGCCAGAGUCAUUCCAGACACAGCCAUAUCCGCCACUUAAUAAUCAGCCUCAGUCUUACCCUAUCCCGAUGGGUCAGUCGUUCUAUGACCAGCCGGCCCUUCAGCAAAUGCAGCCUUUUCCCGUACGACAACCCGCUGGUCUUGGCGGACGUCAGAUUAGACGAACCCGAUACCCCCAGCAGCAACUCUUCUUCUCUAUGAACAGUCAGCUUCAUCAACCUCUCCCGGGGCCAGUGUCUCACCCAGCCUUCCAAGUCUCGCAACCUCACAAUCCCCUCUCUCAAGCACCACCUCACAAAGGCCCUGCCCCCAACGAACCAAUCCGUCACAAGAUCCCAACCAACCCAGCCAACAUCAACCCUCACACUUUAGAGCAGCAGUCACUCCUCUCAGAGCUGCAGCACUUCACCCACGAGUACCAGGGCUACAUCACGAACCCAGUCCAAGCUCGCCAAAUAGGCAAUCUCUUCCUCUCCCUCGCACACCAUGAAGUAACGGUCACACCGCCAGACAUGGAUCCCACAUUCCCUCGAACCAACGAAGCGUAUCGCGCCCGUGUGCAGGAACUCUUCAUGGCUAUCGUGGACUGGUCGAAUCCGAGGGGAUGGCGAACGAAGAUGGGGUCGAAGCUUGCUGUGCAGUGGGUUGAAGAGGUCACGGCCUAUCGAAAGAGUGUUGGACUUUCUGUUGAGCCGUCUGAUAUGCUUGAUCACCAAAUCGAACCUCCUAUUGAUAGGAUGCCUCCUGUGAAUGAGCAGUGGAAGAAUGUUGUUCACCGUCAGUUGUCCAACAUUGAGAUUGAGAUUCUUAGCUCCAAGAUUCUCGACAACAAGGUUUUGAUUCACUCAGCUCUACGCUCAUCUUGGCUCUCCCGAAUCACCAACUCUCCAGUUGCCGAGCUUGUCCGCAAAGAGAAUAACAAGGCUGGCAAUGACAAGAAGCGAAAUGCUGCCAGCCGUCUGAGUGGCAAGGGUGGCAAGAGACCUCAGAAUGAAGAGAGUGAAGAUGAAGAAGUGGGCAGAAAGACGAAGAAGAAGCGGCACUGA